AUGGACUCUUGCUCUGAUGAUGUCUGUCACAGUACAUACGAAAGCCUAGCACAGGUUUAUCGGUGUCACAUGACGCUUGCUCCCCAGGUCUGCCAGACUAUCGCACAGCUCUAUGAAUUCCGCACGCAUCUGCAGCAGAAGUGGGAGGCCGGACGUCGAGGCCUCGAACAGGUCUACCAGUUACGGCUUUUCGAAGAGGACGCUAGCCGAAUGGCGACUUGGCUUGAUCAACAGCGACAACUAUUUCUUGCAGAGCACUUGGACAUAGGCGAGACUGCAGCCCAGGUCAUCGCAUCCAUCUUUUUCAUUUUAUCAAAGAAUUUGGAAUCGGGCUUUUUUAUGAAUCCGUUUGAUAUGUUAUAG